UCGUCAUUUUCGGCAUCAAUACGACCUGUGCCCUCUCAAUCACUUCGCCGUAGGAUUAUUUAGGGAUCACCCAUUGUUCACACUUAACCGUGUCCUGUCCGAUGUGGAAGGGUAGAUUUUCAUAGUAAAAAUACGCUCGAUUCUCUGGUGAUUUUGAAAUUCGGCGACCCUCUGGCGACUGAAGGUUGUUGACUGUGUGACAUGUAAUUAUUGACAGGAUGGCUGCGACAAGGUUGCUGACGUGGGUUCUACCUUUAUGUUUCCUGUCUUGUAAAGCCUACUCAGUCAAGAGACCUGGCGUCAGCCGAGACGAAAACGGCGGUGACGACACCACCUACGUCAUGGCCGUGACGUAUGAGCUGCGCAAUGACGUCACCAGACACCUGCCCCCCGUGAAGCUAAGACUUGACCUGCCGGUGGGGUCAACCAUCUAUGACGUCAUGGUCGCGGCGGCACAGAAGGACUGGCGGUGUGGGUUUGGAGCAGUUCCGAACGGCCGCUGGGGUUAUAAGAUCGACUCUGUGGGCGGAGUGGCCGGGAGUUCUGAGAAGGGAACAUUCUGGUCGGUGGAGAAACCGGCUUACCAACCAAUCACGGAAGGAGUUGACAAGGUAGCUGUGACGGACGGAGAUCACGUGGUGCUCAGAUACGUCAUGGAGGAGGACAGCUGUGACCCAUGAUGUCAGGAUUCAAUAAAAAUCAUGUCAUUUUAAACGUUUUUUGAUUUAUCUACUCUAUAGCGUUUUCAAUGUAGCUUUGAUAUGCUGUAUUUUGGUUGCCCCUCACAAAAAUGAAAGAUCUACAGAGCCAACAUGAGUUUGUGCAUGUUUAUGUACAAAGUGUGAAUCACUAUGUUUUUAUGUACAAAUAUUGUGCCCUGAAACGUCUGCACAGGAGGCUAUAUGCAGCCUGGCAAUUCUGCUGGAAAACCUCCAAGCAGCUUCAAAUUUGCAAUUCUAUUGUUAUAUUUAUUGUUUUGAUUCACCGACACAGAUAAAGCCUCACAUCACCAGUAGACUACUUCACAUUUCCACCAAAAGGCACAU